UGCAAAUACCUACAUUAAUUAGUCCCGGAUGUAUGGCAAAGUCUCGGUUUGAGUACGUAAAACAGUUCGAGCAGGACGAUAAACUGCUACUUGGGACAUGGAUAGUUAUCAGAAUCGAUGGCAGAAAUUUUCAUAGAUUUAGCGACGAACACGGAUUUCUGAAGCCAAACGACGAACGGGCGUUGCAACUUAUGAACAAGUGUGCAGAAUGCGUCAUGUACGAAUUCGGUGAAAUAGUGUUGGCAUACGGACAGAGUGACGAAUACAGUUUUGUGCUUCGGCCGCGCACAACGCUCUUCAAGAGACGAGCAAGCAAACUAUUAUCGACGAUCGUAAGCUACUUUGCAUCAUCGUACGUCUACCAAUGGCGUGGUUUCUUUGGCGAGAAGCCGAUGAUCUACCCUCCAAUGUUCGACGGCCGCGUUAUCCUCUACCCAACACUUAACACACUGAGAGACUACCUGAGCUGGAGACAGGCAGACUGUCACAUUAACAACUUGUAUAACACGUGCUUUUGGUGUUUGGUCAAGUCUGGGCAGAUGACAGAUGCAGCCGAGUCGAGGCUAAGUGGCACAUCAUCUAGCGACAAGAACGAGAUCCUGUUCACCGAAUUCAGCAUCAACUACAAUGACUUGCCAGCCAUCUUUCGGAAAGGAUCAACUCUCAUAUGGCAUGAGGUUGACGAAACAAUAACAAAACAAUGUCGAACAAAAGACGACGAGACGAUCACAGAAAGGCCAGUACUGAGAACAAGGAAGUCCAUACUGACAUUACACGUCGACGUCAUUGGAGACGAAUUUUGGGCAGAACAUGCAGACAUCAUGGACGAAUAACAGCUGGUCAAACAUUGAUAUCAAUAUAUUGAUUUCACUCAAGGAAACAUCUAGUUUAAGAGAAACGGUUUGUAGUGGUAUUAAUUAAUUAUGUACGUACAUA